AUGGGCUUCCUCAUUGUUCAGUACAAUAAUAUUCAAAUAAAAACUUUGGCAGAUGAUGUGCGUGACAGAAUCACAAGCUUCAGAAGAGCAGCAGUGAAGAAAGAGAAGCCUCUCAUUCAGCAUCCUAUUGACUCUCAGCCUUCCAUUAGUGAGAUCCCACAUGCCCAGCUCGUUGAUGAGCGUUGCAUGAACUUAUCAGAAAAAGAAGUUAUGGAUCUCUUCGAAAAAAUGAUGGAAGACAUGAACCUAAAUGAGGAACGUAAAGCUCCUUUAAGAGAUAAAGACYUGAGCACAAAACGUGAGAUGGUUGUCCAGUACAUUUCUGCAACUGCCAAAUCCAUAGUCGGAAGUAAAGUUCCGGGUGGACUCAAAAACAGCAAGCACGAAUGCACCCUGUCCUCACAAGAAUAUAUCCACGAGCUGCGGUCUGGAAUUUCAGAUGAAAAACUUCUUAAUUGCCUGGAGUCUCUGAGAGUGUCUCUAACCAGCAACCCAGUCAGCUGGGUUAACAAUUUUGGACAUGAAGGUCUUGGGCUUCUGUUGGAUGCAUUGGAAAAGCUUCUGGACAAGAAACAGCAAGAAAGUAUUGAUAAGAAGAAUCAACAUAAACUUAUCCAGUGCCUCAAAGCAUUUAUGAACAAUAAAUACGGUUUGCAAAGGAUUCUUGGGGAUGAAAGGAGUCUUCUGCUGCUGUCGAGAGCAAUUGAUCCAAAGCAGCCACACAUGAUGACUGAAACGGUGAAAAUCCUUUCUGCCCUCUGCAUUGUAGGAGAGGAAAACAUGCUGGACAAGCUUUUAGGUGCUAUAACAACUGCUGCUGAGAGGCACAGCAGGGAUGAACGGUUUUCUCAGAUUGUUGAAGGCCUGGAGAACCACGAGUUCAUACAGCUGCAGGUGGCCUGUAUGCAGCUCAUCAAUGCCCUUGUCACAUCUCCAGACGAUCUCGAUUUCAGGAUACACCUGAGAAAUGARUUCUUACGCUGUGGCCUGAAGAAAAUACUGCCUGCCUUGAAAGAUAAGGAAAAUGAUGAGCUUGAUAUUCAGCUGAGGGUGUUUGAUGAGAACAAAGAUGAAGACCACUUUGAACUGUCACAUCGUCUCAAUGAUAUCAAAGCUGAGAUGGAUGAUGUGAGCGAAGUAUUUCAUCUGCUGUAUAACAUGGUGAAAGAUACUUCUUCUGAAAAUUACUUCUUGUCAAUUCUCCAACAUUUCCUUCUGAUCAGGAACGAUUACUAUGUCCGACCUCAGUAUUACAAGAUCAUAGAAGAAUGUGUKUCACAGAUCGUGUUGCACUGCAGUGGCAUGGAYCCGGAUUUUAAAUACAGAGGAAGAAUGGACAUYAAUUUUACACAUCUUGUUGAUGCGUGUGUGGACAAAGCUAAAGUAGAAGAGAGUGARAAGAAAGCAGCAGAAUUUUCCAGAAAGUUUGAUGAAGAGUUCACAGCUCGACAAGAGGCACAAGCAGAGCUCCAGAAACGAGAAGAGAAAAUCAAAGAACUUGAAACAGAAGUCAAACAGCUACGAACCCAGGGUCCAGUCCAGCUGACAGAAGUCCCAGGGUUACCUCCAGCCCUCCCAAGUGAGAAUGCAGCACCACCUCCAGCGCCUCCCCUCCCUGGCGGAGCAGCAAUUCCUCCUCCUCCUCCCCUCCCUGGCGGAGCAGUGAUCCCUCCUCCUCCUCCUYUACCUGGAGGAGCAKCAAUYCCUCCUCCUCCUCCUUUACCUGGAGGAGCAGCCAUCCCUCCUCCUCCUCCUUUACCCGGGGGAUCGAUGAUUCCUCCCCCUCCGCCGUUACCCGGAGCAGGAGGAGCAGGAGGAGCUCUCCCUCCUCCACCGCCGCCUCUGCCCGGUGGCUUCAUGCCGCCCCCUCCUCCCCCUCUGCCCGGCGGGGCUGUGCCCCCUCCUCCCCCUCUGCCCGGGGCUGGGGGUGUUCCUCCUCCUCCUCCCCUUCCCGGGGGUGCAGGACCUCCUCCUCCUCCUCCUCCCUUGCCCGGAGGGGGUAUCCCCCCACCACCCUUCGGAGGGCCCCCAAUGCCACCCCCUCUCGGGGGGGUUCCUUUYGCCCCCUUCCCGGUGAUGCCAGCCUUGCCACACGGGAUGAAGGAGAAGAAGAAGUACAAGCUGGAAGUGUCCAUGAAGAGAAUCAACUGGUCUAAGAUUGAGCCUCAAGAAAUAGGAGAAAACAGCUUUUGGGUAAAAGCUGAAGAAGAUAAAUUUGAAGACCCCGAGCUGUUUGCAAAAUUGGCACUUACCUUUGGAACCCAAAUGAAAGCCAAAAAGCCUGUAGAAGAAUCAGAAGAGAAGAAAGCGGCUCAGUCAAAGAAGAAGAUCAAAGAAUUAAGAGUUUUGGAUGGAAAAUCUGCACAAAAUUUAUCAAUAUUUUUGGGUUCCUUCCGUUUGCCUUACGAAGAAAUAAAAAAUAUCAUUUUGGAGGUUGAUGAAGAGAAGCUGAGUGAAUCCUUGAUUCAGAACCUGGUGAAGAAUCUUCCUGAGCAGAAAGAACUCAAUGCCUUAGCUGAAUUAAAGGAUGAAUAUAACGAUCUCGCUGAGCCGGAGCAGUUUGGAGUUGUG